AUUUUUAAAUUGCACAUAUAUCAGUUCGAAGUUCCUCCAAAUAGCUUUCGAAUUUCCUCCCAAUCGUUUACCGAUCCCGAUGGAAAGUUGGUUCACGCAUGCGCACAUCCUGGUUAAGGUGCCUGGUUAUAGGAUAUAAAAAGUACCCUAUUCUAUACCUCUCAGAUGAGAGAAAUUUCUGUUUUAUGUUUCUGGAUGCAGCUGUUUUGUACAGGUAUUGUAUGGGCUGGUGGACAGAAGCAUCCACUCUAGUUUACCUGACCAAACACAAUGGUGGUCUUCUUACCUGUCUAAGAUCUGGCCACUGACUCAGGCUCAGCACUAUGGAGCUAGAUUUCAGGAAUCUGUGUGUGGAGGUGGACAAGAAACUCGUUUUGAACAAUGUGAGUGGUUUGGCCUGCCCAGGAGAGCUACUGGCUGUCAUGGGACCAAGUGGUGCUGGAAAGUCCACACUGCUGAAUACCUUAGCUGGUAGAACUCCUCUGUCAUCAGGAACAAUAUCUGUGAAUGGACAUAAUAUAACCAAAGACCUCAGAAGAAAGAUCUGCUAUGUUUUACAACAGGACAUUUUUUUCUCAAGUCUUACACUCAAGGAAACCUUGCAGUUUACAGCACGGAUACGUUUACCAGAAAAAAUGUCAAACGCACAGAUCACUUCGAAAGUGAAUGAAAUCAUUCAAGAUUUGGAUUUGUCGAGAUGUGUGGACACAAUAAUGGGAGAUGUGUGGGUGAGGGGUCUGUCUGGUGGGGAGAAGAAGCGAGCCAGCAUUGCCUGUGAAUUAAUUACAGACCCAGUCACCAUUCUGUUGGAUGAGCCAACGUCUGGCCUUGACUACAGUACAGCAUUCAGUCUGAUAGAGAUGCUACAGACCUACGCCAGGAACCAUAAUAAAACUGUAGUGGCCACCAUCCACCAGCCCUCCAGCUUCAUCUUCUACCAGUUCCACAAACUCCUGCUCAUCUCUGAUGGAGAGCUGGCAUACUUUGGUGAUACAGAGAAAGUGGUGGAAUUUUUCCACAAAGCGGGAGUUCCCAUGGCUUCCCAUUAUAAUCCAGCAGAUUUCAUAUUGGAGAAAUUGAAAGAAGAUGAAAAAACAAGGUUAAAAAUCAUAAGUGCAAUGGAUCAAAUGAGGACCAGUUCCAACUGGUCAUCUAAAUUAAAGAAGUCUGAACAAGUUUGUAAAGAGGGUGAGACAGACCCAGCACCAUCUCAAGAGAUCACGGAGCAAACCUACAAUGCAGACAGUGUACGCGUCAGCUUGAUGGAGUUAGACAAAGCUGAUAAUGUCUCAUCCUCCAGAACUCCGCUCGAUGACAAAAAAUGGCCGACAGGCUUCCUGACCCAGUACAAACAGCUUACACUGAGAACAUUCAAAACUUCAAAGUCCCAGAUGUUCAGCAAAUUCAAACUGAUUGAGACAGUGGUGCUCACCGCCAUAGUCAGCUUGAUUUGGUUCCAGCUGCCUCGGACAGAGGAGACUCUCCGAGACAGAAUGGGAGUGUUAUUCUACAUGUCCAUGCAUUGGGGGUUUACACCUCUAUUUGACACAGUCACUGCGUUUCCACUAGAGAGACUGGUUAUUAACAAAGAGCGGCUCGCUGGAUGGUACCGCCUCUCCGCUUACUACCUGGCCAAGAUGACCAGUGAACUAGUGCUCAUUCUUGUACAGCCUCUGUUCUUUAUUACGGUCGUCUACUGGUCAGUGGGGCUCAAUGGGGUCUCUUCCUACUUUGCCACGCUGGGGACAUUGUUCAUACAUGCUAUAACUGGACAGAGUGUAGGACUUUUUAUUGGAAUAGCAAGUAUGGACAUCAGAAAAGGGAUGACGCAGGCAACAAUCUACAUCAUGGCUACCAUGUUACUCGGUGGAUUUUACACAAGGAGUCUCCCUUUCUGGCUGGACUGGAUAAAGUAUGUGUCUUUUUUACAGUAUACAUUUAGUGCAAUGAUGUGUCUGGAGUUUAAUGAUGGACCGGACAUUAGAUGCGCAGUCAGAUCUACAACAUCUGAGUCCCAGUUUGGAACCUGUUUAUACAGUAACUCCACCCAUAUCCCAUCCAAUGAAGUUCUCCGUUUCUAUGGAAUUGAUCUGCCCUACUGGGCAUAUAUUUUGCCUUUGUUUGUGUUUAUUUUGUUUUUUCGGAUAUCAGGGUACUUUAUGUUAAGAUAUAAACAAAAGCCAAGUCAAACAAAUUAAGUUUCUUUUCUGUAAAGCUGGGUAUUGAAAUAUACAUUGUUGUACUAGCUGGUUCAGCUGAUAGUUUUUACUCAGGCAUGGUGCUAAAUACCCCAAAAGACUUUUGUACAUAUUGAUAAUCAAAUUCAUAGAUUUUACUUUAUGGUGCAUAAUAUUAGUUGAUUUUGAAAUUUUUUAUUAUUAAAAUAGUAUCAAAUAUAUCAAAUAAAAUCGAAUUGAUUUUUAAAAUUUCUAUAUUAUAUAUUACAAGUGCAUUUAAAAAGCAUCAACUUUAUUAAGUUUCAUUUGAUAAAUAUAUAUGGCUGUGUUAUUGGGUACUAUAAAGAAAUCUCAAAUUUAACAAUUAACAGACAUUUUAUUGUUUAUAGCUAUUUGCUUUCAUUAUUUUUUUUUAAUAAAGUGGAUUAAAGUACAUGUACUUAAAAUAUUUGUUUUACCAAAUUGUCAGACUUGGUUUUGUUUUUUGUUUUUUGCCGGUUAUACUAAUAAUUUUAUGAUUGAAUUAUCAGUUUUAGAUGUAAGAUUUUAUCCAGCAAAGCAUUUUUGUUCUAUUUUUUUAAUACAAAAUUAUAUUAAAAAUGAAAAAUAAGUUGUGGAUUAUUAGAGUAAAUAUGCGUGAAGCAUUACCAUAUUUUUGCUAACAAUUGUUGUUAACCAAAUGUACAUGUGUUUACAUUUAAAUGUUAGAUAUAUUUUAUGGCAUUAUUAAUUUUACCAUGAUUUUAUGUAUGACAGGAAUUAUUACCAGGUAAGCUCCCCGCAAACAAAGUUUGUGAGGUAUAUAGGAAUCACAGCAAUCAUGUCUGGUCCAUAUCUUUUUUUAUGGAGAAACAUUUAAGCUCCUACUUCACACAAAGAUUGCUUAUGAUCUGAGGGUGUGAAAUGAUUCUGAACCAAGGUCAUUUGGGCAAGUUCAAGGUCACUGGAAGGAAAAAAUCAUAAUUCUUGUUAGUUCCAUAUCUUUUUUUACGGAGGAACAUUAAAAGCUCCUACUUCAAACAAAGAUUGCUUAUGACCAGAGGGUGUGAAAUGAUUCUGAACCAAGGUCAUUUGGGCAAGUUCAAGGUCACUGGAAGAAAAAAUGCAUAAUUCUUGUUAGUUCCAUAUCUUUUUAUGGAGGAACAUUGGAAAUUUCUACUUUGCACAAAUAUUGCGUAUGACAUAAGAGUUUGUCAUGGAAGGAAAAGUCCACAUUUUUGUCUAUUAUGUCUAGACCAUAUCUUGUAAUGGAAAAAGAUUAGAAACUUCUUACUUAAAAAAAAAAUAGCUGAUGACCUCAAAAUAUGUUCUGACUAUGACCUUUGGUAGUUUUUGCAAGUUCAAGGUCACUAGAAAAAUAUGGGCACCCAUUUAUUUCCAAUAGAGAAAUACUUGAGUUAUUAUACUUUCUAAGUGGAGGGUAUCAUUUGGGAGCUUGCUCACAGUACCUGUACUUCAUUUUACCAUAAUGUUCAUGUACAUUUGCAUAUAUUGAGGUAUGACUACAUUUACUACAAUCAUGAAUACUGGGUAAUUUUUAGAGUUAAUAGUAACUUUUUAAGCAAAGUUUUAUUUAUUUAAACACAGUAUACAAGUUCUUGCCAUUUAUGAAAACUAUAGCCGUGUGUUUUUGUUUUAAAGUGUAAAAAUUGUUUUAAAUCUUUACGAAUGUUUGUAUUCGAAACCAGAUGUUGCUUAAUUGUUAUCAUCUUUUUACGAAUAUUGGUAUUUUUAUCCAGGUACUGUCAACCAACUUCUAUUCACACCAAGAAAUUUUCGAGAGGUUCAUGGAAGCCUAGUUUUCGUGAAUAUUUCUUAACACGGAUCAGUAUUUGCCAUAUACUUGUAAUAAAAAACAGGUGUGGAUAAGGCUUGGUCGCAAAAAUUAGCCGCCACAAACCAGUUCAUCUCGGGUAUAUCGUGAAAUAGAAUCGACGCUAAUAAUAGUUGGUUUACCGUAUUGUCAGUGCUGGUAAUGAUGUAAACUUAUAAAACUAUUCAAAGUUCUAUGUAAGUGCGAUUAUAAUAUUGAUUGUCGUUUUGCAUCCUGUUAAGAAUACUAAGUAUUGUGUUAUUGUCUGCUCUUGUAAUGAUGUAAAGAUACACAUCAUUUAAUUAUUUACAGAGAGAUUUGUUUUAUUAUUGUGUCAGCUCAAACUUUGGUACCUGACCUUGGUUUUUGAGGUCUUUGAAGUAAUUUUUUAUAUUACAUGUACAUGUAUCAACUCUUUUUGCAAACUGCAUUCCGAGUGGAUUUUAUGUAAGAGAUUAACAUUCAUUGUGUAUUUUUUGUUAUACUAUACAUAUCAGCACCAAAUAAAUUGUCGAUGCAUUCCAAA